AUGGCGUUGUCUAGCCUCUUCUACUCAUGGAGGUCUUACUUGAACCGUUACUUGCUCGGCAGCAAGGAACCGGUUCAUCAUUUGAUCAGAGAUGAUGCGAAGACUGCUGAAGUUCCUGAAGGAACUCCCAUUGUUUCUGUUGUUGGGACAGGAUCGGAAUAUCCUACCACCAGGAUGGGGCCAGAGAUCCUAGAGGUCGUAGCCCUCAGGCACUACCCCGAUAAUCCUGCUUUCCAAAAGACGUUGGAGAUCAACGCGAGGUCCAGAAUUGAAGAGCGUUUCAGCGCUGUACCGCCCGAGAACCCACUAUGGCACCAAUCGACUGUACCGACUAUCCAAGAGUGCGACGAACUUUUUAAAGAGUUCGGUGUUCCCCUCGCAGAAAAGGCCGCUAGGAAAGCCAUUGCAGAAUGGGGCUGCUCCCCGAAUGAGAUCACCCAUAUCGUUGCCGUCACUUGCACAAACACAUCCAACCCAGGCUUUGAAUACUUCCUGUCCCGAAGACUGGGUCUUGGCAAGAAUGUUCAGCGCACUCUCCUCCAUGGUGUUGGCUGUGCCGGUGGUGUUGCAGCUCUUCGAACGGCAAAUGACCUCCUUCUCGGCGCUGCGGCACAGGGCAAGCCAGCUAGAUGUCUUGUGGUUGCGUGCGAAACUCCAUCUGUUUUUAUCCGAAGAGAGUUAGAUGACCUCGUCAAAGAGCAAAGGCCUAACGUUGGACUGACACUUUUCGGGGACUGUGCCAGUGCAUUGGUGCUUAGCAAUGGUCUUGGCGUCAUUGGAUCUGAAAGAGCGCCCCUAUGGAAAAUUCUCAACUGUCUGACUACUCAAAUCCCAGGCUCAGCUGGCUGUCUCGAGUACAACAUUGGCCCAUCAGGCUACCUUGCUGUCAUCUCGAAGGAUGUUCCUAAGCACAUCCAAUCAAGUUUGGCAUCAGGCUUCAAGGAACUCAUUUCGUCUACCCCAUCCCUCCGCGACAGCAAAUCAAACUUUGACCCCACUGUCUAUGACUGGGCUCUUCACCCUGGUGGCUAUGGCAUCAUCCUUCUCGCCCAGCAGGUUCUGGGAUUGACAAUGCACCAUUUGCGGAAGAGCUACGAGGUCUAUACCAAGAGAGGCAAUAGCAGUUCCGCCACCGUGCUUAGCAUUAUGCAUAAGCUGGCGAAUGAGCGAGGGACUAGUGAGCCCGCAAGAGACAAAAUGAUCGCUGCGGCCUUUGGACCUGGUAUUACUAUGGAGUUGGUGGUGAUGGCCAAAGCCUAA